AUGAAAGAUGAAAUUGCUGCCACGGUCUUCUUCAUCACAAGGCUAGUGAAAAGAGAAGAUAAGCUGAGCAAGCAUAAAAUGGAGAAAUUUGCGGCUAAGCUAACAACAAUACUGUUUGAAAAGUAUAAGAAUCACUGGUACUUGGACAAUCCAUCCAGAGGACAAGCCUUCAGGUGUAUAAGGAUAAACAAACAUCAGACAAGAGAUCCACUGCUGGAGCAAGCUUGUAUGGAGAGUAAUGUGGACUUUAAUAAGCUUGGUUUGCCAAAAGAGAUGACACUAUGGGUUGAUCCAUUUGAGGUGUGUUGCAGAUACGGUGAGAAGAACAGGCCCUUCACAAUUGCCCACUUUGAAGGGGAGGAGAACCCAGAGCUUCCUCAGCAGAUCAGCUAUGCUGUUGACAGAGCAGCACUAGACUAUCAUUCUGGCAUUUCUUCAGAUGAGGAGAGCUUCAACAAGGAGCCGAAAGCUAUCCCUACUGUCAGCAAUCCUAACAGUGUCUACCAGUUUGACUACUGCAAGGCACCCAUACAGCCCUGGCCUCAGUAUCUUCAUAGGAAGACCUAUAUGACUGAUGGCACAUACUAUGCCCAGCACAGGGGUUACAAAGUCUACAGGCCAACAGCUGCUUUCACAGGACCGCGUGUUGAUAGAUACCACUGGAUCAAUACCAAGCGGUAG